AUGACUAACUCUCUACCUACUGUCACCGUUGACAUACAGGGGAAUACCAAUGGAGGUGGACAAGGAGCUGGAUCUAUUACAUACUAUGGAGGAUCUAACCAAGUUAAGCUGACUAAGGAAGAGAGUCCUCAAGGUUCUGGAUUCGUGAAGCUCAAACAUACUUCAGCCAGUGUAGCACCUGGAGGACUUUUUAAUGUUAAGGAGGUUAAGUAUGGACAUACUCCAGCUUCAGACAUAAAACCGACAAACAAUGAACCUAUUAAGAGCCACUCUGUCUGGUAUCAUUCCGGAGAUAAAGACCACAAUAAGCCCCUUCUUGUUGAAAUAUGGGAGAAAGGUGGUACUUUUAAGUAUCAUGAAACUAAGGGAGGUGCUACUAGCUGGAAUUCACAUGACAACGGCUCUACAUCUCAACUCACCGGUAAGGAACUGGAACAGAAACUGAAAAAUCUUAACUGCCAGCAUUACAAAUCGGUGAAUAUUGAUCUCACAGAGUCCCAUUCUAAGAAACUUACAGAGGAUAUAUUAGCUGGUACAACAACAACAACAACAACAACAAAUUACCUACCCCGUACGUACCGGAUUGUUAUAUGUGCGUGA